AACAUCAACAUCAACAUCAACCAGCAUCAACUAUUCCCUUCAAGUUUUGCAAGUCAGUAAAAGAGCUUCGUUUCACCACUCGAUCUCUAUCCUAUCCAGUUCGAUUGGUCUUCAUCCUCAUUCUCAAUUACCAUGUCGCGUGCGCGCGAUCUCCGAGCCUUCCAACCUCAAACACCCCCCAACGCCCAAUCCGGCGAAUCGUCAAGAUCUCAGCGGUAUCCGGCUUCAGCCACACCUGCCAAUGAUUUCCGAGAGCGUGAAGACCCAUCCUUGCCCCCUGGCUCGGCACCGCCCAUGAGACCACAACGCAGUGCUGCUCGUCAACCUGGUAUCAUCAUCAGUAAUCCACCCUCUUCCUCCAACUCAACUGGAACCAAGCAUUUUUCACCCGCCCCAUCCCAAGGUGCCCCCUAUGAAACUCGCUACACUCAUGCUCGUGGACGUUCCGAUUCCUCGAACCGACUAGCCAGCUCGCGACAAACCCCUAGCGGAAGCAACAACAGACUGUACGAGGCCGUUAAUAGUCGACCGGAUAUCGCACGCGCACCCAAUUCAACUUCAAGAAUACAUGCAAAUGGGAAUGGCUAUCUCGAUCGAGAUUAUCGAGCACGAGAUGACGAUUAUCCUUCAGAGCCGCGUAACCAAUUCUCUAAUGAUAUGGUAAAACGACCAUCAACUGCUUCGUCCACUGGAUCAUUUGACAAUGAGGCGAACCGUGACUUAUUAUCAGCAAAUGAUUUGAAAGAUGCCAAGAGGAUGCAUGGUGCACGGAACAUCAUCGAAGCCUUUUCCAGUCAAGCCGAGAAACGAUCCAUUCAAAAAGCCCGUGCUACUCGCAGUCCCCCUCUUAUGGACCCAUCAGAAUCUCGUACAAUUCCCAGUAUGUUCCACGAUCAAUCCUAUCCCCGUACACCUGGCUUUGGGGAGAUCGAGCGUGUGCUUCAGAAAAUUAAGCUUUACUGGGAUGCCACCGGGAUUGCGGGAUCUUCAAACCAAAAUGAACCAUUCGGAUACUCGGUUACUCCCACCGCAGUCCCCUUUUCGGCCGUUGGCUUAGCAUUAGACCUUCUAGACAGCGAAAAUCCCGAGCUCGCCAAGUCUGCAAGUCGAGCUAAGGAUAUGAUCAAUAAGAAGGGCGGCGUGAUACCUUCUUUAUCAUCAUUCCUUCAACUCAAAGCCGAACUUGAAAAAGCCUUACAGUUAACUAUUCAAGGAAAUUACCGCCAAUUCGAUGCUUCUGUCAAUUGUUACAAACUGGCCAAGGUUAGCGUCGACAGCAACUACAAAAAGGUGGCUGAACUCAAAUCGAAACUGGUCGAAUGUAGAGCUACCUUAGGGAAUGGUAGUCCUUCAUCAGCAUUCAAUAACGCCGUAGGAGGAAAAGGGACUGAGAUGAAAGGGCUUCAAGCAAGAAGGGAGGUACUACGAGAAAUGCUGAAGUUGAUUGAUACCAUUGAACGACUGAAACAAGUGCCUGAGAGGCUCGAAAGCUUGAUAUCUGCCAAAAGCUUCUUGUCUGCAACAGUCCUGCUUGUAAGGUCCUUGAAAGUUAUCAACAAGCCCGAGCUAGCUGAAAUUGGUGGUUUGAGCGACCUGCGGAGUUAUCUAGUCAAUCAAGAGUCUGUGAUGUUCGAGAUGUUGAUCGAAGAAUUGCAUAAUCAUCUGUACCUCAAAAAUUACUUUUGUAACUCUAAGUGGCGGGCCUAUCGACCAGGUCAAGUUACAUAUCCAACAUCCGCUCAUCCAUCAUCGUAUCAUGCUGCAGCAUCAUCUUCCAAGCAUUCAAAUAUAGAGAAUUCCAACACGCCCUCUAGCCCAAUACCUCACCUGCGGAACUACCUGAACGACCUCAUGACACAACCACAAUCAAAUCCUCUGGUAGAAGAAGCCGAUCUCUUCCUAGAACUUUCUUCUAUCUCUCUUCAUUCUGAACUGGGAACUGAAGACGUCCGAAGAAUGUCCACCACUACCAGCGGCGUGACCGCCAAGAAGCGAAGAAAUCAAUCCACUAACCCUGAGCUAGACUCCUUCAAGUAUAUCGAAAGUUUGAUUGAAAGUUUUGCUGUUCUUGGAAAACUCAGUCUGGGUCUUGAUACUGUUCUUCAACGGGUUCCCGUCGAAGUUUAUACACUAGUCGAAAGCACUUUAAAUGAAGUUGAUGAAAGACACGAGAAUACCAAACGAUUCUUCCGAUCCUCGUCUGCGAGCAAAAACGCACUAAAGAGCAACAUGAACAUGAUUGUCUUGAUGAAUACGACCAGCCAGCCAUCACCAUCUGAGAACCCAGAUCUGAAGUCUACGGCCAAUCGAACAAUUCAACGAUUCUCACUGUUCAAAUUUAAUAAUAACGAGCUGAGGGAAUUAGAAUCGGUCAUUCACAUCCUCCAAGACUUUUUUUGGACACUUUAUUCUAAGUUUGACGCCACCCUACAAUCUUUCAGAGUCCUUCACGAAGUCUCCCUACGGAUCAGUGAACGAAAGAGCUUCAAAGAAGAAGGCAUGGAGUCUAACCUGGUCUUGUUUUCAUUGCUAGAGGUUUGGAAACCAAUCCAAAGUGAAUUACUAGCAUUGAUCCACGCGUAUCUGACCGAGUCAGGAGACGAUCAGUUUGCAGCUUCCACGACUACUUCCACUACUCGAAACCCCAUGACAUCGAUCGCAGAGGUGCUGAAGAUCGGUCUGGGUGGGGCCACUUCGACGAGCAAUGCCAACAUGGCCUGGAAAGAUUCCAACAAGCAACUGUUCAAAUUCAAGGAUGCGGGUCUCAAACAAAGUCAAAAAGAUUUCAAGACUCACGAGGCUAAUCUGUAUUCGGCUUUGAAGGUUUCCGUCCCCGGAUUGGUGCUCGAUUCAACAACUUCAAAUUCACAAGCAAAUGGUGCAGUGGUCUUGAGUACUGGGGUGAUGAUGACCGACGAUAACUCGGGUGCACGUGGGAACAGUACCCAUAAACUGCUAGUCCAACCAGACGCAUUCCACAUCGCCCAUUUAUUCAAGCCGACCUUGGAGUUUCUAAAACGGGCCAAGGAGGUCCUGCCCAGUGGUAUGAAUCUGGCCCAAUUCGGUGGAUUCUCGGGAUUCUUGGACGAGUUUGUCUUACACACCUUUCUACCUCAGCUAGAGGAGAAAGUGAUUUAUAUGUUCGAACACUCCGUUAAUGCACCUGAUGCAUUUCAGGACGAUACAUCCCAGCAGUUUGAAACCAACACACCGGACAUGAACUUAGGGCCUCAUCGGCAGAAAAUGAGUUCACCUAUGCCUGUUGCCAAAGUCCAGUCACUUCGAGCUAUAGUGGCACUUAUCGAAUGUCUCGGCAGCUUGUUGCAAUCCACAUCAUUUCACCAAGAGAAGUACGGCCGAUUGAUGAUCAGUAUUGUGGUACAAUAUUAUCAAAAGUGUCAUGAACGCUUCAAAGAAUUAGUUGUUCGAGAAUCAAUGGAAACUACAGCUAUAAUAGAUGAGUCUAACCCUCACGCCAAUCUGAAGCUUGCAGCCGAUUGGGCUCAGAAACAAGAAUUCAUCAAACACUUGACAGCAUUAAAAUCUUCUUCUACGAGUACGAAGAAGUUAUUAAAGAAGCUUUGCAAGACAGAGGAACGAUGUCUGACCUCCCGGGCCGCUUUGGUCCCAAUUGAUUUGAUCCAAUCUCCAAAGAAACUUGCCGCAUUGGCCCAUCUUUAUAAUACUUUGCUAUCGUUUAUAUCUUUUAUCCGCCGGCUGGGAAGUGCGGUCAAAUCAAUCCCAGAUUCAGAAGGUGAGUCCGGGCUCGAGAGUGAACGUUUAACUGCCGAAUGGUACAAAGAGUUCGGGCCCUCAAUCAAGAAAUCGAAGCAAACGAGAACAACCUUUCAAAUGCCUUUGACACAUGCCCUAAUGCGACGAUUUCAAUUGGUCCACCGAUCAUUUUGUACUUUGGCCCAAACGAUCCUAUUCACGAUCCAUCUCGAACUGCGAUUGGAAACCUAUUAUCACAUCGAGCAAACCUUUGUGCGAGGGAAUUACUUCUUGAGUCGGUCGGAUUCGAUCGAGCCGGAUCUGAAGAUCAUCGAACUCAAUAGUCUGAUCAACGGCUAUUCGGAAAGCUCGAUCGUCAAGAAUCUCGUCCGAACGGAGGAUCGAAGGUUUCCUUUCCUCGGUCUUGUCAACCUCAUCGACGAUCUGAUGAUCACCAAUGUCAAGAAACUCUCGCUCGCUAACGAGAUCGGGUUUAAAAAAUUGGCUAAAAACUCUAUCGCUCUCCAACAAAAUAUGAAAUCGAUCUUGUUGAAUAACCGUCUUCUCUAUCAUCAUCAAGAACUAUCAAAGGAUCUCCAGAUGAACCCAAACAAUAUUUUACCCGUCGAUGUCAAAUCAUCACUCUCGUUUGAUCUAAAUUUCGAGCGGUGCCGGAAGUUUUGGGAGAAUGCUUCCAAGGGUCCUCAGGCGGUGAUGGAAUCAAUCCGCAGGGGGGAUAACUACAGAUUUGAAGAGUAUCGAAAGCUUUUAGAGUUGCUAUGUCUGAACGACCGGAACCCGGCGACGGUCCGUAUGUCCUCCGGCAUCAGCCAUCAACACGCCGAUGAUAGUCAUCGCAACCAUGCGCGAGAGGACGAUAGCGAGUCCAAUAACCGGGCUUCGCUCAAGUUCCCAGACGAUUUUCACGACCAUACUAACCUGUCAAUCGAGAAACGUAAACGGAUCUAUAACGAAUGCCUUAUUGAAUUGCAUGCUCUCGUGCUGGAGGACGAUGACGAGGAUGACGAAGGCGAAGACGAACUCGGCUCGGAGAACAUCAUGGGCUCUCUCAAUAAACAAAUAAAUGCUGGUGAUCAGAAUGUCCAUUCUGAUCAUCCGGAAUAG